AUGGCAAUGCCAGUUCAGUCACACAAGACAUCGCAUUCUCUACCCACCACAGAUCUACGUGCCUCGCUGCAUGGACGUCAAAGGCCUCGUUACCCUCAGAAUUCCUCUACCUGUGGAACCUCUGUUGAUGAUCAUCAUACACGAUCAUCAUCAUCUCUUUCGUGUUAUUCCGCGCCAGAGAGGUUUCAAAGACGCAAUCUCAAGGAUGAAGCUGCCGGCCAGCUUCGGUCCUUUUCUGCCUGCUCAGGUCGCAUAAUACGGCCUCCACUUCAACUCUCUCAACGACGUUUCCUCUCUGAGGGGCAAAUCUCACAAGCCAGACCUGCAUUUAUCUCGACAUCUCAUUUCGAUCCCCGCAGUCAUGGAGACGUUGAGCCCUCCUCUCCUGCUUCUCAGGAAAGGCAUUUCAUGACUGCUCUGCACCAGAGGCAAAAACCUGGUAUCGCAUUUGAAAGUGACACCGAACUGGAUAAGCGUUACACUUUUGGGCCUUUGGAACCUCUCCCAACGCCUUCUUCACGUUGGUCUGAUUCUAGCUAUGGCGAGGGAGGAACCGUCACUCCCGAGGAAGAAGAGCUUACGGACAAUGAAUCGAGUCACAUCGAAAUUGCUGGUAUUGAGGAUACCUUGUCACAUUUCUCCAUCAUCCAGGCGCACCGUGUCUCAAUUCAUACCUGGGUUUUGAAGCCAACGACAAUUGAUAUCAACCCUGAUUCCCAAUCAAAACUCUGUGGAUGGAAUCCAGAAAGUAUCGUUGGACCUCCCUGUCCAAAGGAAGCUAAACGUUGGGGUAUAAUAUUCUAG